CUGCCGUUUCCGCCCAAGAUGGCGGCGGUCGCGCUGCGGCCGCGGGUUCGGGUGCUGCUCGCAGCGGCCCCGGCGCGGUUUUACCGGGCGCCGCCGCUUCGGCUCCGGCGCGGUUCGCGCCCCGCGGACCCCUCGGACCCCCGGGAGGCGGCGCGGCGCUUCGGGCGGUUCGGGGCGGCGGCGGCGGGACCCGCCUGGCAGCCCUGGGGGGACCCCGAACGGCUGCGAGAGGUCGAGGCCGAAGAACGCGAGCGGGAGGCGGAGCAACGGGAGCGGGAGGAGGCGGCGGAGCGGCGGCGGCGGGAGGAGGCGCGGCAGCGCGAGGAGAGGGAGGCGCUGGUGGCGCAGCUGCUGGCGGCGAUGCCGUCGCGCAUCGCGGCGUGGCGGGAGCAGCGGGCGCGGGCCCGGGCGGCGGCGGCGGCAGAGGCCGGACGGCGGCGGCGGCUGUUGGCCGAGGCGGGUUUGGGGGGGGCCGCGGGGGCCCCCGGUGCCGAGGGGAAACGGGCGCAGGCGCUGCUGCAGGAAAUGGAGCGGAAGCAGCGCCAGGACGAGAAACGGCGGCGGCGGCAGGAGCGCGAGGAGGCCGUGCGCAGUGCCAUGGCCGCUGCCGAGGCCGCCGCCGCCCCCCGGCCCCCCGGAGCCCCUCCUGACCCACAACCGUGACCCCCAACCAUGGCCCCCCGAGUGACUCUUGGACCCCCAACCAAAACUACCCCCCCGGUGUUCCCCCCUCGACCCCCAACCACGGCCCCCGAAGUGACUCUUGGACCCCCAACUAUGGCCCCCGCGACACCCACCUGUGACCCCCACCCCAACCGCGGCCUCC